GCAUCGAGUAGUAGACACCCAUAUAGAUAGCACUGGUAUAUAGAAAUAGAAAUAGUCCGAUAGUGCAAAAUCGAGCUUCGAAUUGGCCCCUCAAAUGGAUGCUCGGUUUGUUCUUGCGUGGUCACUUUUGAUCUUAGGUUUCUGCGGCCUCUUCCCUUACACAGUGUCGGCACAACUGAAGCAAAACUACUAUGCCAACGUCUGCCCCAAUGUUGAAACCAUCGUAAGAGAUGCAGUUGGAAAGAAAGUUAAACAAACUUCGGUCGCAGUUGCUGCAACUAUCCGUCUAUUUUUUCAUGACUGCUUUGUCCAGGGUUGUGAUGCCUCUGUAAUUAUACAGUCUACUGGAAGCAACAAGGCGGAGAAGGACCACCCUGAUAAUCUGUCCUUGGCAGGAGAUGGCUUUGACACCGUGAUCAAAGCCAAAGCAGCUGUUGAUGCAGUCCCAAGCUGCAAAAACAAAGUCUCCUGCGCUGAUAUUCUCGCAAUGGCAACCCGAGACGUCAUUACACUGUCUGGGGGGCCUUCUUAUGCUGUGGAGUUGGGAAGAAUGGAUGGGGUGAGCUCAAAUGCAACGAGCGUAGAAGGGAAGCUGCCAAAGCCAUUCUUCAAUUUGGACCAGCUCAAUACAAUGUUUGCUGCCAAUGGUCUCUCCCAGACGGAUAUGGUUGCUCUCUCAGCUGCACACACCGUCGGAUUCUCUCACUGCGGUCAAUUUGCAAACCGGUUAUACAAUUUCAGCCGUCAAAACCCGGUGGACGCUACGCUGGACAAGAAUUAUGCGGCUCAGCUGCAAUCACAGUGUCCUAAGAAUGUGGACCCCACGAUAGUCGUCACCAUGGACCCAAUCUCACCCAAUACGUUCGAUAAAGCAUACUUUAAGAAUCUGCAACAAGGCAAGGGACUGUUCAGCUUGGACCAAGUUCUGUUCACGGACACAAGGUCCAGGCCAACUGUAAACAAUUGGGCAGUUAGCACUUCUGCCUUUGAAACCGCCUUUGUCUCCGCCAUCACCAAGCUCGGUCGCGUCGGGGUUAAGACAGGGAAGAAUGGCAACAUUCGUCGUGAUUGUUCAGCUUUUAAUUGAAAAUACUACGCCCGGGCCAAAAAAUUCAUGAGUUAGAAGCUGGUCGAAGCUAAAAAAAUAUAAUUAAAUCUCUACUUAUUUCAAAAGUUUAAUUUGAUGAGAAAAUGUAAGUAGGUUUAAUUAUUUAUAUUUUACAUUUACAGUUAAAUAUCAAAUGUAAGAACAAAAAACAUAAAUAACAAAAAUAAAAAUAGGCAAUGUAAACUGUCCUUACGUAUGGAAUAAAUUAUAAUGAAUUCGCACGCAUUGCUUUAUGAAUAAUGUUAAGAUCGGUUUUCUCGUUAUUAUUCUUACUUUUAAGCAAUCAUGUUGGGAGAUUAAGGGCUAAAGUUCUUUAAUUUAGAAUGUCAUUGACUUGACUCU